GCGAAUUGGAUAAAAUCCAAAAAAAAAAUUCCCUAAAAAAAACCAAAAAUUUAUGAAUUGAAACUCGAGCGCAAAAAAAUUACACUUAUUUAUUUAUAUUUAAUAAAUAUUACUCCCUCGACUCAAAUCGACGGGAAGGAAACUUAAAAAAUCUGCAUUUAUCUUCUUCUCUUACUCUUUUCAAUUUCAUCGUCGGCUGAACCCAAAGAAUCUGCUUGCUUCGUCCGGCAAAUCUAUUGUUUCUAUUUUAAAUUCACGAAAGAAAAAACCCUAAAUUAUCUCUCGGCCACCGCUCCACUUGGCCCCUCCGGCCAAUCCACCUCGCCGUCCUUUACCCUUCAUCGCCGUCAGCUUAAAUGACAACUAUUGCGGAUCCAGGACCAACUGAUAAAUCUGUGCUCUAUGAUCAAGAUAGUCAUGUUUCUUCAGCAGUUUGGGAUGGGCAGGAGCGAGGCGUGCUUAGAUGUCAUGAGCACACUUCAAUGCUGGAACAAUGGAAACUCACCCCUCAACAAAUUGAGUUGGUUGAGAAGACUGGAUUUGGGUACCUUAGAGUGAUUCCCUCGUUUUCUCUUGAUAAUUCACUCAUCUCAGCCCUUGUUGAGAGGUGGAGAAGAGAAACAAAUACAUUUCACUUUCCUGUUGGGGAGAUGACUAUAACUCUUGAAGAUGUAGGCCUGAUUCUUGGGUUGGCAAUUGAUGGAAAACCUGUUAUUGGUGCUUCAUCAAACACACCCAGCUCAGUUUGUGAAUCUCUUCUAGGGAAAGCACCAGAGGACCUGAAUGGUGGAAUGUUGAAGCUAACUUGGUUGAAAGAGUCCUUUUCUAAAUGUCCUGAGGAUGCAUCCCCUGAAGUGAUUGAGCGUUAUACACGGGCUUAUCUUCUGUAUCUUGUUGGCAGCACAGUAUUUUCCACAACAACUGGGAACAAAGUCUCUAUCAUGUAUCUUCCGUUGUUUGAAAAUUUUGAAGAAGCAGGAAAAUAUGCAUGGGGAGCAGCAGCAUUAGCAUUCCUGUACAGAACUCUUGGCAAUGCUUCUCUCAAAUCUCAAGGCACCAUUAGCGGUUCUUUGACUUUAGUUCAGUGUUGGAGUUACUAUCACCUUAAUCUUGGCCGACCAAAGAUCAAUGAAGAUACAAGUGGUAGAUUUCCAUUUGCACUUAGGUGGAAAGGAAGACAAAGUGGAUCAAGAUCAACAUCCAAUAUAGUUGCCUAUCGCAAGGCCUUAGAUUCUCUUGCACCUUGUGAUGUUCAGUGGCUUCCCUACAAAGAUUUAGAUUUUUCGGUAGUCCCAGAACAUAUAAAGGAUAAUUUAGACCUGAGAAGAUCAAAGACUAUGCUGAUAUGCUUUGACAAAGCAGAAAAACAUAUGCCAGAUCGCUGUUUAAGGCAAUUUGGUUUGCCACAAUCAAUCCCAGAGAAAGUCAAGCGUUGGGAGAAAAAAAUUAGGACCCCAGGUCCUGGAAAAGAUUUGACAAAUGAUGUAGAAUCUGAAGCCAAAGUUAAAUUGCAAGCAGAGUUAAAGGAGUGGUUGGAACGUAAACUUCUCAUUGUGGAAAGUGGUGAUGAUGUGGAUGAAAGCGAGUACAUGCAGUGGUAUGAAAAAAUUACCCGAAGAUUUUUAGGAAGACCUGAAUCACUAGAAUCUGAAUUUCAGAGAACUGUUGCUGCCAUGAAGGAAAUUGCUAGCAUAGCAGAGUCAGUGUCAAUUGAUCGGAUGGAUUCUCGAGAUAAGAAGUUGCUUAACGAGAUUAAGAGCUCGGUGCAUAACUGUUUGACAGAGAUUGUUGGAGAAGCACGAAAGGGUAGACGCAAGAGUGCUGCCAAACGUAAAAGGUCAGAUGAUUCCAACAGUAGAGAGGACUAACAAUGGAGUAAAUGAAAAUAUCCGAAUGCUUCAUCAUGUUAAUCUGUUAUAGUGAAUGUUAGCAUUUUAUUUUGUAUGGCAAACACGCUCAAGUUGUAGGAUCAUGAUCUUUAAUUAGAGAUCAUCCUCCCUAGAUUGUGAUAUUGUAGGCUUUACUUCGAAUUAGUGAUUGUAUGAAUGGAAACUUAUUUAGUGGACCCGUCAGUGUAACACAACCUUUCUGAACAAUAAAUCACUAAGAUAAAAGGUUGUAGAAUGUACAAGAAAGAACAAUCACGCCUCUGAACAAGUUAUUGUAGUAAUUGGUUGUCUAUUUUGGCGA